AUAAUUCAUUGUCAAUUUGAAGAUGCUAACAAUACCACUAUUGUUGCUGGAUGUAGCCAUCUCUUAUAUCCCCUCGCAUUUCUCACAUUUUCUCUAGUCCUGCUUCCCCAAUCUCGAAGACCGUCACCUCGAGGCUUCAUGCGAUUCCAUACCCCCCAAUUCUUCUUCUGUUUUCUUGAAUGUAUUUUCUUCUCACCCCCCCUCUUUUUUUGUUCAUAUUUUUCUUGUUUUCUUACUCUCUCCUGUCUCCUUGCCUCCUCCCCCCCCUCUCCUUCUUUUCCCUUUUCUUUUCGUCAUUUUAACUUCGUUCCUCUGAUUUCCCUUUCGUUCCCUUCCCAGGUGGUUUGGGAUCUUGGUUCUCGUACUUGUUGCCCGCUGUCCACUGCCGAGAAAAUGAAACCCCCGAGGACACCCAUUCUGACAUCGACGCAAACCACAUAUGGACAGAGGCAGGACCAGAGACAGAGAUAGAGAAAACAUGGAAACAAAGUUCAGGUCGCCAUGGGGUGGUUUGACCAUGCAGACUCGUAUACGGACAACGAUUCAGACCGUGACACAAUCAACCAGAGGAGAUGGUCUUGCGCAACAUCUUCAAGCAUUUGAUGCACUGUGAGCCCAACUUUUGAGGG